UCUACCCUGGUUUCCGGUUCCGGGUCGUGUUGAACCUCAUCCAUGUGUUCACUACGGGUCAACAUCUCCACACGUGAGGAUAUUAAGUCGAAAGAAGUAUUCGCUGAAGUUGCAUGAUGGACGGGAAAGUGAAAGAACAGAAGAAGGAGCAGAAGAAACACCAGCAAAAAAACAGCGGGCCGAAGUCCGAGAGGAAAAAGUCCAGGAAGCUUGAUGAUGCAGCCGUGGAGGAAAAUGAACACAAGAAGAACCCUAAAGCCUUCGCCGUGCAGUCUGCUGUGCGCAUGGCCAAGUCAUUUCACAGAACCCAGGACCUGAAGACUAAGAAGCACCAUAUACCUCAUGUGGACCGCAGCCCCCUGGACCCUCCGCCAAUCGUUGUGGUGGUGGUCGGGCCGCCCAAGGUGGGGAAAACCACCUUGAUACGAUGCCUGAUCAAGAACUUCACCCGGCAGAAACUGGGAGACAUCCGUGGACCGGUCACCAUUGUUUCUGGUAAGAAGCGGCGUCUGACAUUCAUCGAGUGUAACAACGACAUCAACACCAUGAUCGAUCUGGCCAAGGUGGCCGACCUGGUACUGAUGUUGAUUGACGCAAGCUUUGGCUUUGAAAUGGAGACUUUUGAGUUCCUCAACAUUUGUCAGGUACAUGGCUUCCCACGAAUAAUGGGGGUGCUCACGCACCUCGAUUCCUUCAAGAACAACAAACAGCUGCGAACGGCAAAGAAAGUCCUCAAACAUCGCUUCUGGACAGAAGUCUACCAGGGAGCCAAGCUGUUCUACCUGUCGGGGAUGGUCUACGGCGAGUACCAAGCCCAGGAGGUCAAGAACCUCGGGCGGUUCAUCUCGGUCAUCAAGUUCCGCCCCCUGGCCUGGCAGACUUCCCACCCUUACGUUUUUGCUGACCGAAUGGAGGAUUUGACUGACCCUGAAACAUUGAGGUUGGAUCAGAAAUGUGACCGAACAGUGUCCCUGUAUGGCUAUCUGCGUGGGACCUAUUUGAAAAAACACACCCAGGUCCAUAUCCCAGGUGUGGGAGACUUCAGCGUUGCGGAUGUGGGCUUCCUCCCAGACCCGUGUCCUCUACCAGACACCAAGAGGAAGAGGACACUGAACGAGAAGGAGCGCCUGCUCUACGCCCCCAUGUCCGGGGUCGGGGGCGUGGUCUACGACAAAGACGCUGUGUACAUCGACCUUCCUAGAGGCCAUGUCGACCGGGAGCAGGAGGAAUCGCGUCCCACAACAGAGCUGGUCCGCUCUCUGAUUGACACGCACGCCACUCUUGAUGCCAAAAUGGCCUCCAGCAAAGUCUCGCUCUUCAGAGGGUCUGCCACCAUAACGGACACAGACGUUGAGGGGGACCAACAACUGGAGAACAGCGCGCCCCAGUCCCCAGACCCAACCUCCAACAGGGAAAGAAGGAAGAUGAUAUUCACAGGCGAGGUGGAGGCCAAUGAAGACGGAGACGACAGUGAAGAUGAAGACGACAGUGAAGAUGGAGAAGAUGGAGACGACAGUGAAGAUGGAGAAGAUGAAGAAGGUGGAGAUGAUGAAGAAGGUGGAGAUGAUGGAGAAGAUGGAGACGACGGUGAAGAUGGAGAAGGGAACAGUGAUAUGGACGAGGCAGAGUCUGAUGAAGAAUUGGACACAAAUGAAGGCAACAACGUAUCCGUGUUCCUCAAGCAGGUGAGGGCGUCUACUGAGCAGCCAGGGAAACUGACCGAACCUCAGCGUGUGCAAACCGGGAAAAGGCUGAAGAUGUCAGUUGACGAAGGGGAGCCCAAAGUGUCCGAGACGCUGGCCUUCGCAGACAGUGAAGACGACCUGGAGCUCAGCAAGGAGGAUCUGUCGGAGGGCGAGAGCGCAGCAGAGGAAAGUGACGAGGAGGACUCGGAAUCUGAGCAGAUCGAAACAAAAGCAGCGGGCUCCGCGUUCUGCUCUGAUGAAGAGUGGACCGACGACGAACCAGACGUGGAGUCCACGAUGAAGUCAGAAGGGAUGGAAAUCCCUCCACCUAAAACCACUGAAAAAGAUCUUAAGAAAGCCAAGGCGUUGGAGAUAAAGGGGUCUGACCAGGCGUACGAGACCGACGGAGCUCUACGCUGGAAGGACGACUUGCAACAGAAGGCAUCAGAAGUCUUCCUCAAGCAUCAACAAGCAGCCCCCAACCUCCGGAAACAUGUGUAUGGUACAGUUUCCAGCCAGGGCGCGGGUCAGGGCGAGGAGGCCGAGCUGGGAGGGCUCUUCCGGGUCAGCCGCCCAGAGAAGAGUAAGACCAACCUGGCCGAUGCGGCUGACUGCUCCAGGUUCCACCCAGACAGCCUCCACAACUGGGAUCUGGAAGAGAUGCUGCACUCCAUAGCAGACUGCUUUGUGACCGGGAAGUGGGAGGAAUGGCAAGAUGCUGCCACACUGCUGAAGCAGGAUGAAAAUCUUUAUGGUGACUUUGAAGACUUGGAAACAGGAGAGGUCCAUAAUGGAGACGAUAAAGACCAGGAGACCCAACCAGAGGUCGAUGGUGAGGAAGAGGCUGAUGAUGAUGCAAAGGAGGACGUCAAAGUGGACGAUGAGACGCAGAAGAAGAACAAGCGUUUGGAAAAGAAGCGCAGGCUGAAGGAGAGGUUCGACGCGGAGUACGACGACGGAGAUGCCACCUACUUUGACGACCUGAAGGAGGAGAUGCAGAUACAAGCUGAGUUGAACCGGACAGAGUUUGAGAGCAUGGACGAUGCCACCCGGGUGCAGUACGAGGGCUUCCGCCCGGGGAUGUACGUCCGCCUCGAGAUCGCAGCUCUGCCCUGCGAGUUUGUGACCAACUUCGACCCCCACUACCCCGUGAUUCUCGGUGGCCUGGGGUCAAGCGAGGGAAAUGUAGGAUAUUUGCAACUGCGGCUGAAGAAACACCGGUGGUACCACCGCAUCCUGAAGAACCGGGACCCCCUCAUCGUGUCCCUGGGCUGGCGCCGCUUCCAGGCCAUGCCCCUGUACCACAUCGAGGACCACAACGGACGCCACCGCAUGCUCAAGUACACGCCCCAGCACAUGCACUGCGGCGCCUCCAUCUGGGGUCCCAUCACACCCCAGGGCACCGGCUUCCUCGCUGUACAGUCUGUCUCAGAGACUAAAGCCAAUUUCCGUAUCGCUGCCACUGGGGUUGUCCUAGAACUGGACAAGUCUGUUACUUUAGUGAAGAAACUGAAGCUCAUUGGCUACCCAUACAAGAUCUACAAGAACACCAGCUUCAUCAAAGGCAUGUUCAACACCGUCCUCGAAGUGGCCAAAUUUGAAGGGGCCUCCGUUCGGACAGUGUCGGGGGUCAGAGGUCAAAUCAAGAAGGCCCUGUCCACUCCAGCAGGCGCUUACCGUGCCACAUUCGAAGACCGGCUGCUCAUGAGCGAUAUCGUGUUCCUGCGCACCUGGUAUCCGGUGGCAGUUCCCCAGCUCUACAACCCGGUCACCUCCCUGCUCCUACCGGUGGGCCAGAAGGAGAACUGGUCCGGCAUGAGAACCGUCGGACAGCUCAAACAUGACCUGGGACUCCACUACAAACCCAAGCCCGAUUCUGUGUACAAGCCUGUGGUCCGGGCCCCGAGACACUUCAACCGUCUGAACAUCCCCAGGCAGCUGCAGAAGGCCCUGCCCUUCAAGAGCAAGCCCAAGCAGGACCAGGGCAAGGGCAAGACCCCCCGCGACCUCAUCAGGCCCACCGUGGUCCGGGAGCCCCACGAGAGAAAGGUGGCUGCUCUGCUGGACGCGCUGAGCACCGUCCACAGCUACCAGAGCAAGAAGGCCCGCGGGGCGCAGCGCCUCAAGCACAAGGACUUCCUGCAGCAGAGGGAGAAGCAGGAGGGGGAGAAGGUCAAGAGACAGAAAGAGGCCAAGAAGAAACUCUACCGGAUGAUGGGCCAGCAGGAGAACAAAAGUCAGCGAUCCAGUCUGAAGGGUGCAUCACAAGAUGGAUAAUAACACGUGAUGGCCUUUUCUCUCUCCUUUGGUAUGGACUUGAUUACAUGGCCACCCAACAAAUGUUAUGGUAUGGCUGGUUGUCAUUGCUUCUUUUUUGUUUUGUAUAUAAAACAUCUGUUGACUUAUUUAUAAAACUGUACUCUAGCAUGCUAAUGAAAAUACCAGAUUCCAUAUGUCCUGAGGGCAGAUUGCAGUUUUAUAAAUGUUGAAAUCUUAAAUGAACCCCUUUUAAAACAAA